AUGAUCCACAGAAUACUUAUGAAUAUAAUAAUGGUGCAAAGCAUCUUUGCUAGAGUGUCAGUGGAAGACAUAAAGAAAGCCCAAGAAACGUAUAUUGGCAAGAAGCAAGACGUGAUCAUUAACCCAGCCGGACCACUAAAUCUGCUGCGUGGGUAUAUUGGGCAGCGCAACGGAUACAUGCACAACAAACGGUUUUAUUCUCCCGAAAUAGAUACAAACUAUUCUAUGGAGGAAAAUAAGAUGGGAAGUCAGUAUAGACAGGACUAUACAUUUAUAAGAAAGCCUGUCAAUGACAAGUUCCAUAGUGACUUAGAUACAAACAGUGCCUCUGGCAAGUAUCUUAGUGCAUAUUACACUCAGCUUAUAAAAAUGUUUCCGUCUGCAGAUGGAAAUCUGUCAAUUGAGGGAGGUACGCCCAAUAUGAUCACAAGCUUCCUAAGAGCAGAACACGUCAAGAAAGAUACAAAGUACAUUCUUGCUGCGCUGCUGCUGCUCUCAGAAGGAGUCGAUAUUAAAAUAGCGGUAGAUCAUGCAGGAAAGAAAAAAAAGCUCGUGAUAAAAAGUAAGACAUGCAAGGAGAAAGAGUUUAUAAAUGUAGAAAUGCAUAUGCCAGGUAUAGAUCCAUUUACUAAGGAGUAUAAAGAGGAUAUUUGCCAAAGCGCGAUAGGUGAAAUUGUCAACUUCUUUCUGCGGUGCAGAGACAAUCCGCUGCUAAAGAAAGGGGGCGAAUUUGCAAUGCCAACCACUAAGAACGAGUUUGACAGCGGGGAAUUUUUGAACAAUGCAGCCUUCCUUAUACAAACGUACAUAUAUGAGUUCAUUGACACAGCAGAGAGUUACAAGGACUUUGUGAAUGCAGUGCAUGAAUUACUGGUUGACCAAGUAGUUGAAAAUGAGAACCCAGAGCAGACUAAGAAGAAAGGUAAAAUGGGUAGAAUAUUCGAUGAGCUCUUUCUGUCAAAAGAUGCACUUGGCGAAAAUAUAAAGUACAUUGAAUCGUUCUGUAGCCUUUCAAUGACCAUUGACAAGAACAUGACGUUUCCUUUCUAUAACGCCAGUCAACUGCCGCAGUAUACUCGAGUGCCGCAUUGCAAGCUGGAUAAGUCUGGCUUUGAAGAAAACCAAGCACUAUACUAUAGUAACUGUACUGAAAUAGUUGUUUUGGGUAUAUUCUGCUGCCUGGCAUAUAAUCCAGACACCGGAAAGUACCAAACCAGCCACAUGGGGGCAGGAAUAAGUAAAGAGCUAAGAGACUUCUUUGAAAAGUAUCCUAAACCAACUGAAACUACUAACUUUGAGAUGCACUUAGACUGGAGUAGAGUUAUCGCAUGCCUGAAAAAUGAUGAUAUUGUCUAUAAGGAUUGCAAAAAUGAACUUCUAACGAGUAUUGCAAAUGUCUUUUUGGCCAUUGCAGAAAUAACAGGCCAGAGUGAAGACGCACUGGAAAUGAACAAGUGCAUAAAAACUAUAAUCAACACAGGCAGGAUUGAGCCCAAUCAGAAGGCUUAUAUUCAACAUAAGAUAGAACAUAUUCUUAGGUCUCUGUCUUAUAAUAAGUCUCUAAGAGUAAAGUGCUACGAAAUGGCAAUUGGCAAGAGGUCGGAUGAAAAAAUUGAUGUUUUUGCAGAUAUUAACAUUGUCUAUACUGUUAACCACAAAGAUAAUGGAAUAUCCGCAUGCUUAAGAAGCCGCCAUUCUAGUCUUAUGCUUCUUCCACCAUCGUACCCAACCUCUAUAUAUAUUGAAGAAGAGUACAACAAAAUUAAAAGCGUGUACAGCGGCCUAAACUGCUAUACUGCAUACAUCGUUAAUCAGUAUAUUUCUGUGGAAGCAGAGAAGAUGAAAGGCAACAGUCUCAAUAUUGGAUAUGUUUUAAAAGAAAAUAUAGAGAGAAUUUUAAACAGUGGGUACAAUAAUAUUUCUAAAGUAUUUUUAUUAGGAAAACUUGCGGAGUCUGACUGCAAGCCUUUCAUUAUAAUGCAAUUUAUAGCUUACUCUGAAGAUAAGGAUCUAAGCUUAAAUCAUCCUGCAAUACGCUUUACUUCCAAUAUUCUAAGCAGCAUUGCACUCUAUGACCCAGAUACACGCCACCAAACCAUAACGCCUUUUUUCUUUCACUCCAAGUGGCAGAAAUAUUACCCAAAGCUUGGAUUUAAGCCAGAGCAGUAUCUACCAGAAACAGAAAUUACUCUAUUUAAUUUAUUUAAUGCGUAUGAAUAUAUACUCAAACAGGAAUCUGCGUCUCUUGCAGUUAAAUGCUUAAUUAACUACAUAAUACAGCCUAUUGGAUUUAAGAAUAGAUGCCAACUGCUAGUAGAGAGUUCAAUGACCAAAAGAAUAUUCAAUCUUAUACUGGAGAAAGGAUCAAUAACACAGUUUAUGCAGAUCAGAUCUACACUUGAAAUACAUACUAAUAAGGAAGACACUAAAGCUCAUAACGUUGUCUACAUAAUCUGGUUUGUCAACGCAUGCACAACGAGUAUGCCUUCAUCCGAGCUUAUUAGUAUGAUGUAUGGCUUUAUCCACUCUGAUUAUCUGUUCGAUAGAAACAAUCCUAAUCUAAUCCCAUAUUAUGGUUAUUUGAAUACAGUUCUGAGUGUUUUAGAAAAAGAGAAAGAUCUGCUGUGUAUAGAAAGCGACAGUAAAAGUGUUAAAAAAUACAAUAGAGUGCUUAGAUAUUUCACACUAGUAGGAAAGAAACCUAGCUUAUAUGAAAGAGUAGUGAACACUGUAAGAGAUUAUAUUGAUUGGUACUGGCCUUUUUCUUGA